AUGCCUUCACGUACCGACUCGCCGCUUCAAGCCGCCAUUAUCGGUGCCGGUCUCGGUGGCUUAGCAGCUGCAGUUGCCUUGCGCCGCCAGGGCCAUGCUGUCACGGUUUAUGAAAGAUACGAUUUUGCCGGCGAGGUGGGCGCCUCGCUCAGUGCUGCCUCGAAUGGGUCGCGCUUCCUAGAGGAAUGGGGCGUGGAUGUCAAAGCUGCAAAACCGGUGAUUCUAAAGCAGUUGAUUAUGCACAACUGGUCCAACGGAGAAGUCCAAAGCACGUAUCCACUAGGAGACUACAAAUCCAAAUUUGGCACAGACUACAACAACUUCCAUCGGAUUGAUAUCCACAGAGAGCUUCUCAAAUCAGCCUUUGAGGUGCCCGGCGAAGGCUCUCCUUGCGAGCUAAAGGUGAACCAUAAAUGUGUCGAGGUAAAUCCAGAUGAAGGAACUCUUCGCUUCGAGAAUGGAGAGACUUCAACUGCAGAUAUUAUCGUUGCGGCGGAUGGAAUACGAUCUCUGGCAAGAGGCAUGAUUGGAAUCACCCCCGAUUUUGAGAUGUCGACCUCUUGCUGCUAUCGGUGCAUCAUUGGGGCCGACAAGCUUCGGUCCCUAGGGCUAGAGGAUUAUAUCUCGAACGAAGCAAUUGAAUAUUGGGGUGGGUUUGGGAUUAACAAGAUUGUCAUGUCGCCAUGCAGCAAUGGCGAGGUUGUGAGUUGUUACUGCUUCUACCCAGCGUCUGUCAACAACCUACGCGAAGACGGUUGGAAUAUCAGUGCCUCGCCGCAGCAAUUAGUCGACACAUUUCCAGACCUCGACCCAAGAAUGAAAACUUUGAUGCUCAACGCUGAGGAUAUCAAGAUGUGGCGGUUAUACAGACACCAACCAUACCCAUACUGGGUUAAAGGGAAGGUCUGUCUCUUGGGUGACGCCGCUCAUCCAAUGAUGCCUGAUCAAUCUCAGGGAUCUUGCAUGGCCUUUGAAGACGCUGGUGCUUUGGGACUUGUUUUCAAUAAAAAUUUCCGCGAGGAUUAUAACGUGGCAGAAGGGCUGGCGCUCUAUGAAAAGCUUCGUAAGGAACGAGCAACUCGCGUCCAGGAGGCAAGUUUCCGUGCCCGCGAGAAUCUGAGCGAGCGAAUUGGUUGGAGCUCUUCCACCGACCGACCGGGGAAGUUGACUAUUGAGGAGGUUUGUGGAUAUAAUAUGAGGGAUCAUUUAGAAAGUUUGCUGGCAGAGGGGAGAAAGAAAGAAUUGUAA